AUGCUUUCGUCUUCUCGUUGCAAAAAAGUCGAAUUAAGAGCAGAUGCAUUAAGAAAGAUGGAUAAGCUAAAGCUGCUCCAACUCAACAAUGUAAAAAUGGACGGAUCUUACAAGAAUUUUCCAAAAGGUUUAAGGUGGUUGUCCAUGCAUGGAUUCCAUUCAAAUGUCAUACCUUCGGAUUUACCAAUGGAAAAUUUGGUUGCUCUUGACAUGUCUCUACAGCUCUGGAAGAAACCUAAGGUUCUUGGGUCAUUGAAGAUUCUUAAUAUGAGUUAUUGCAAGCUUGUUAGAGUUGAAGGCUUCUCUGGGCUACCUGCACUCGAGAGGUUGAUUCUUAAAAGCUCUGAAAGCUUGGUUCAUGUGUGUGAGUCAAUUGGCGGAUGUGAUUGCCUUGUUAUUAUUGACUUGAGCCAAUGCAGUAAGCUUAAUAAUGUUCCAAUUGGCAUUAGCAAGUUAAAGAAUGUUAGAAGCUUAUCAUUAGACGGUUGCUUAGGUGCUAGUGAAUUUCUAAUGCGGAUGAAGGAUAUGGAGUCAUAUGCAUCUUCCUCUUCUGUUGGAGAAUUUUUACCGAAAACUCCAAAAUCAUUUUUGCUACCUUCACUAGUAACCUUGUCGCUUGUAGGCAAUAAUUUAUCUAACGAAUCCUUUCCAAAGGACUUCAGUAGCAUGUCAAUGCUGAAGGAAUUAUAUCUAAGUAAGAAUCCAAUUGAUUCCCUGCCGGAUUGUGUGAGAAGCCUUAGCAGGCUUGAGGUACUCAAUGUUGGUGAUUGUUGGAUGUUGAAGUCAGUAUUGUGCCCUCCACCUACAAUCAAAUAUUUGUCUACUGAAAAGUGUUUUUCACUUAUUAAGAUAACAUUCCCUCAAGAAAUGUCGACCCCACCAGCUAUAUUAUGUAGCUUGGGGUGGACAAAUUUACAACAUGUGAAAGAUCAGAAGAUGCAGAUAUGGGAUGCAUAUAAAUUGUCUUUUUCAAAUAAACUCCCAGUCCAGAUGUUUUCCGAAUUUGGAAUAUUUAGCACAUGUUUUCCUGGGAAAGCAGUUCCAGAUUGGUUACCUCAUAUUCAUAAAAGCAAGGGGUCAUCAAUAUCAAUAUCAAUAGCCAUGCCAUCAUCUUCAAUGAAUAAAACCAUACAAGGAAUAAAUAUAUGCUUUGUGCAUACAUUCACACACACAGGAAAGUUAAGUUGGUUAAAAAUUAAAGUAGAGAACGUGACAACAAAUCACACCUGGAUAUAUUAUGGUCAUAUAUUUACUUUACCAGAAACAGAUGAAGAUGUAGUAUGGUUAAGUCAUUGGAUGUUUGGGGAGAAUGAGAUUAAAAAUGGUGAUGAAAUUUGUGUUACAAUAUUAGAAGAUCCUUUGAGAAAUUAUGGAGCAAUGGUAAGAGAGUGUGCAAUAAGUACAGUGUAUAAUAAAACUGAUAAGGAGAAUAAAGAAGAUCCUUUGAGUUAUUACAAGUCGUGGAAACAUAUUCUUGGUGGUGAUCUGUCCGCUUUUCAACUAGACUCAGGAGACUACUUGCUAGAACGUAAAGUAAUGGCCAAUGGGAUUAGUUAUUGCUCCUUAACAUCGAAUAUUGAUGAACUUGCAGAUCAUGAGCGUUUGUAUUAA